GAAGAAAAAGCCUCGUAGAUCAGGAUCUCGUUUUCUUCUGUUCCAGAAACAGCAGGCUUCCCAUCGGCAUCCUCUUCCUCAGCACACGCACACACACACGCUCCGGAGUGUCUCACACACACACUCUCUCUCUCUCACACACACACACACACACUCACACACACACAGAGACACACCACCUGGAUCCAGCAUGGCAACCAUCACCUGCACUCGCUUCACAGAGGAGUACCAGCUCUAUGAAGAACUGGGCAAGGGAGCGUUUUCGGUGGUGCGCAGAUGUGUGAAAAUCCUCUCAGGGCAGGAAUACGCCGCGAAGAUCAUCAACACCAAGAAGCUCUCGGCCAGAGAUCACCAGAAGCUGGACAGAGAGGCUCGGAUCUGUCGACUGCUCAAACACCCAAACAUCGUGCGGCUCCAUGACAGCAUCUCAGAGGAGGCGCACCAUUACCUCAUCUUCGACCUUGUGACGGGUGGAGAGCUGUUCGAGGACAUCGUGGCCAGAGAAUAUUACAGUGAGGCAGACGCCAGUCACUGUAUUCAGCAGAUCCUGGAGGCGGUGCUUCACUGUCAUCAGAUGGGCGUCGUUCACCGAGAUCUAAAGCCAGAGAACCUCCUCCUGGCCUCCAAGUCCAAAGGUGCGGCAGUGAAGUUAGCAGAUUUCGGACUGGCGAUUGAAGUGGAAGGAGACCAGCAGGCGUGGUUUGGCUUCGCUGGGACUCCUGGUUAUCUCUCACCUGAAGUGUUACGGAAAGAUCCGUAUGGUAAAGCUGUGGACCUGUGGGCCUGUGGUGUGAUUCUGUACAUUUUGCUGGUUGGAUAUCCGCCGUUCUGGGAUGAAGAUCAGCAUCGACUCUAUCAGCAGAUCAAAGCUGGAGCUUACGAUUUUCCAUCUCCUGAGUGGGACACGGUCACUCCUGAAGCUAAAGAUCUCAUUAAUAAAAUGCUGACCAUCAAUCCAGCAAAGAGGAUCACCGCAGCCGAGGCACUGAAACACCCCUGGAUCUCUCACCGCUCCACCGUGGCCUCCUGCAUGCACAGACAGGAAACUGUGGAGUGUCUGAAGAAGUUCAACGCUCGCCGGAAGCUGAAGGGUGCGAUUCUCACCACCAUGCUCGCCACCAGGAACUUCUCAGGAGGGAAGAGUGGAGCCAACAAGAAGACGGACGGAGUGAAGGAAUCUUCAGAGAGCUCAAACACCACUAUCGAGGAUGAAGACACCAGGGUGAGGAAACAGGAGAUCAUUAAAGUGACCGAGCAGCUCAUUGAGGCCAUCAGCAACGGAGACUUUGAGAGUUACACGAAGAUGUGUGAUCCCAGUGUAACGGCCUUCGAGCCUGAAGCUUUGGGUAAUCUGGUGGAGGGACUCGACUUCCAUCGCUUCUACUUUGAGAACUUGUGGUCUAAGAACAGUAAGCCGGUACACACCACCAUCCUGAACCCUCACAUCCACCUGAUCGGAGACGAGGCCGCCUGCAUCGCCUACAUCCGCAUCACGCAGUUUAUCGAUGCUAACGGAACGCCGCGCUCCGCUCAGGCCGAGGAAUCUCGCGUGUGGCACCGACGUGACGGGAAAUGGCAGAUCGUCCACUUCCACCGCUCCGGAGCGCCCUCUACCAUCACCAAUUGAGUUGAACAGCUGGCGUUAUUGGAGUGUGAUCCGUCCUGGUGGUCCUGCUGUUCUGCAAGCUGAUUGGACACUGUGGAAGCUACCUGACUACCCACAAUCCUUUGCUUCCCAUCUCUUACAUGAACAUCCUGGCUUGAGUUCAUCUCAUACACACAAACACACACACAAACACACAAACACACACACAAACACACACAAACACACACACAAACAACAUGCAUUCAUCUCACACACACACACACACAUUUAACAUUUUCCUCCAUCGCACACAUUAAGGAUCAUUUUAGUUUUCCGUGGAUUUGACUGGAAUUUUGUUCUCGGAAUGUUUUCCAGGAAAUCAGGGCAUCAUGUGAGCGCUUUUGUAGUAAGUUAUAGUCUAUUUAUACGAUAAAUAACGUACUGAAUUAUUAAACGACGUGUUCGUUGAGAGACGGAACGGCUUCCCAGAAAGAUAAACACAAAUCUUUUUCAUUUCGUUUUGGAUGUUUUCAUUAAUAAACACUGUAAAAUAACAACAACAACAACAACAACAACGACAAAGUGAAAGAAAUAUUAAGGUGCAUGCUAACGCUUCGCUGUUUAGUUGCCACUGGAUAAAGUUUCCGUUUCCUGUCCGCAGUGUUUCCGUGUUCAGCAUUCCUGAAAUAACUUUAUUACUCAUGAUGGAAGCUAAAGAAGAGCUGAGAUUGUUGAUGAAUUACUGCGGAAGGACAAUAAACACAAACACACAAACACACAAACACACAAACACGCAAACACACAAACACGCAAACACACAAACACGCAAACACACAAACACACAAACAUGCAAACAUGAGCGUGAUGAAUGUAAGGGUAAAGAUAAAAGAGAUAAAAAAGACACAGAUAAACUCAAGUCACAAAUAAAUAAAUAAAUAAAUAAAUAAAUAAACUCUAUGACGAAGUCAAAGCUAAUGUUAGGAAUAUGUUAAUGCUUAAACUACGCUAAUGCUAACCUGCGCUAAUGUUAGCAGUGAGCCGCUAGCUUUGAUGGAGAUUUAAAGCUGUAGAUCAGGUCCAGAAUAAUUAUAUUAUUAUUUAUAAAAGUUGUUUUGUUUAAUGUGAGAUUAUAUUAGAUUAGAUUAUAUAUUUAUAUGCGCUAAUUCGCUAAUCCCCAAACAGCGCUAAACAUGUCAAACAUUAGCAAACUUUAAAACACUUAAAUGUUAUAUUAAAACUUUUCUAUCUUUAAAAGAACGCUAAAAGAAUUCAACACUUUAUUAAAGUAGGAAAUUAUAGUGAUUUAUUUAUAAAGUGUAACAUCAGUGUUGAUCUUUAUAAUUAUUUUAAUCCAAAUACUCUAAAAACAAAAUGCUAUUAAAUUUAAACAUAUUAGUUUUAUGACUUUUGUUCAUAUAUAGGAAUAAUAAACUAAAAUCAUUAGAAAAUAUAUUCUUAAAUACCAAUAUUUUACCGUGAAAUGUAUCAUCUAGCACUGAAAGGACACAUAAUACAGCUAUUAUUUAUUUUUUUUAUUUAUUUUUACAGGAAAAUCAUCUGUAAUGUCGGUUUUUUCCUCCAGAUUUCUCACCAUAAUCUCACAUUUCACUCAUUUACGUAAACUUCCAGCUUCCAUUUCAUUCCGUUUCGACUUUUUACGUUUACUCACUGAAACCUCGUCUCAGAGCAGAAACGAUUCUGAUUGGUCACUUGUGACAAUCAGUGGGAUGGAGAGGAGGCGGGGCUUGAGGUGUUUUGAAGAUUUAUAUCCGAAUAUUUACAUAAAUAAAUAUAGGAAUUAUUCGAAUACUUAGUAAAUUAUACCCACCUAGUCUUACGCUAGCUUGCUAAUUUUUUACAUUUCAUGACAUUUUUAUCAUUUAAACGUAUAAACGCUCGAUUUUAAAUUUAGCUUACGAACUAAUGUAGCUAGCAGGCAUCUCAAGCCCCGCCUCCUCUCCAUUUAAAGUGAAUGUAACCAAUCAGAGGAGGUUUGGAUGAGUAAAAUUUCAAGCUGUAAUUUUCAUUCUGUUGUAACAUCAAAAAAAGAAAAAAAACGAAACAAGGGCAAGUUGAAUUCCGGUGAAUAUAUUUCGGGACAGAAAAAUAAAAACGUGGUGCACGGACGCUGACACUUCAACAGUUCUUCCAGAGAAUCAGGUGACGACGCUUUAUAACUUUAUUUACAUUUACCCUGAAACACGUUUACCAUGAACAUAUGCGACAGAAAGAAAGCGAGCAAUGUCCACAGCGAGACGGCUAAUCUGCAAUAAACCAGUAGAAAGUUUUUAUUUUAGAGAGAGAUAUAUAUAAAUAUAUACAGUAACGUUCUCACCUCGGGUUUCGCCGCGAUGUUUUAUUCCGUAGUUGUUGAUUUCGGGAGCUUUUACUUUCACUGCCGUUUCAUUGCAUGGCUGUUUGUUUGUUGAUUGAUUUAUUUAAUUUAGGAAAACUAGUAUUUAAAGUUAAAAUAUCUUCUAUCGUGAGUGUGUGGGAAACGACUGCCGUGAAUAUCGUUAGCUGCUUUUUUUUGUGUUGUGUUUGUGAUGAUUAAAAUGACGUUAUUCGGCUCCCACGUAAAAUGUACAGAAAACGAAGAUUUAAUUCGAUAAUUACACGAAGCAUGCAGCACAUAUUUAACACGUUUAUGCACAUUUGUGUUUUUUAUAUAUUCAGUGGAGUAAUGAGGAAAUAGCUGAGUGAAUCGUGACCCGUGCUACCCUGCAUACAGCCGUUUAUCAAAUACAACAUCAUCAUCAUCAUCAUAUUAUUAUUAUUAUUAUUAUUAUUAUUAUUAUUAUUAUAACAUCUUUUAGGAAUAUUAUAAACACAAAUCUCUGUUAAAUCUCUGUAUGUUUUUUUUAUAAUACAUUCACUACUAGAGAUAUUUAUUUUAAUUAAUUUAAUUAAUUAAUGAUUGUUGAUUUAUCACAUUAUUCUAAUUUAUUAAUUAUUAAUUUAAUCGAUUUGCCACCAAUAUGCUAAUGAGCAUCACGAUCCUGAUUUGUGUCAUUGAUUAUUUUUUUUUUAAAUAUUAUGUUUUCCCCUGAAGUUGUUUACUCGUUUUUUAAAAUUUUUUUAUUUUAUUUUAUUUUUUUUAUUUGCUGUACCUGUGAAAAGACACCAGAAGAAAAAGCUGUGUUUAUUCCUAAAAGUGUUGUUUAUCGUAGUGCAGGCUGCUGCUGAAACUCUGCUGCUGUCGUCAUUCGGCUUUUUUUAUCCGGAGUGUAUCGAUCACGGCGUAACGCCCCGAGGAGCUCCAGUUUACGGAAAUGUUCUCUCAGAGCAGGAACCGUCAGGAGAAAACGAACACGCUUAGCACUUCAUGCUAUUUAUAGGAUUUGAAAUGUUACACAACGAUACAAUAAAAACUGAGAAUGUUGUAUAUUUUUGUGGAAAAUCAAACGUAUAAAGAUUAAUAUCUUAAAACUAGGCUAGUCAGAACUGGCUAAUGCUAAUGUUUUAUGUUAGCAGGUCCAUGAAGAACGUUCUCGCUAAGUUGCCUUGUUAAAACGAGUGGAGCUUCCAGCUUUAGCGCUGUUUCCUGACCACGCUAAUUUAGGCAGCUGGAAAAGGGUGCUAGUUAACCUAGCUAACAUAGCUAACCUAACUAACCAUUACCUCAUCUUGAUGAGAACAGACUUACGUAUUCGCUAUUGCUUUUAGCUGAAUCAGACAGUGCGAGAACUUUGUUUUUAUUGGUAUUUGAUUGCUUUUAAAUGAAUUCAUUUAAAUUUAAUUUGCGCAGAAAAAGAUUUUUCAUAAAUACCUAAAAUGCUAAUUUAUAUGCUAAGAUUAUCAGCAUGCUGCUGUACAACUACAAAAAAAAAAUAA